GCUGGCCAGGGCGCCGUUGGUCUUACCCCGUCCAUUCAAGACGUGCUAUGCUUCAGUAGUCAAACGAAACGCUCUCGGUCUCCGUCCAUAUCUUCGUUUCGCUCUGGCCGUCCCUACUGGAGUCUUCGAGUCAGUGGACGGGGAAUGGAGGGCUUGCGAGUGCUCAGGCUUUCGCAUGGUAUAAACCUGGCCCAAGCACAAGGUACUACCAAAACUCUCAACCCUCGGUCUUCGAGUUUUUCUGAUGCUGCGAUGCAACGACGGACUCCGAGUUGGAUGCGGUCAAUUUGCGGUCAAUGGCAGAUGCGUGCAUCAAAUCAAUGUCACUCGUUGCCCUCCAGCCUCCACCUAAAAUCGCAGCGCAAAGUGUUACCACAAUUCUCGGGCGGGCAAAAAAGAUAUCCUGAAUCUUGCCUAUACGUGCACUCCGAUGAAGCCGCAGCCUGA